AUGCGCGACACCGUCCGGGACAGCGACGCAGGCUCUGGCCUCCUAUCAAUGAGCGCGCUGUGGUGGGUGGUGAACAGGAUGGAUCGCCUGACCGGCGACGACCGUCGCAGUGCGACCAGCAUGGACAAGGUCCUCGUUUCAGGGUUGAAGGAGCUGCGGAUUCGGAUGAUCACAUACAUCAAGGAACACGUCGCACGCAAACGGUCAGGCCAUGUCGGAGUUGCUGCCGAUGCCUGUGACGACGACGCCGCGGAGUCCCCUUCGGCAUCCCAAACAGUCGGUGUCGCCGACACCAGCGGAGAGGCCGGAGACGGCGUCGACAAGGCAGAUGAAGAGGCAGAAAGGGCUGUGGCGAGGACCGCAGAUCAGGAAGAGGAGGAGGAUGACACCGACGAUCAGGAUGAUAACGAGGAGGAUCGUGAGGAGCGUGAGCAGGGGCAUGGGCAGGAGGAGGAGGAGGAGGAGGAGGAGGAGGAGGAGGAGGAGGAGGAGGAGGAGGAGGAGGAGGAGGAGGAGGAGGAGGAGGAAGAGGAGGAGGAUGAGGAGGAGGAGGACAAGGAGGCGGCGGCGGCGGAGGCCGUGGAGCAGGGUUUCGGGUCGGUGGAGCAGGUGGCGGAGGGGGAGAAGCAGCAAGAGGGGGAGGAGGAGGUAGAGUUCCCCUGGGUCGAAUUCGAGAUGGAGGAUGUUGAGGGAGCGGCGGCGGUGGCCGUGGAGGGAGCGGCGGCAGCCGUGGAGGGAACGGGUGGGAUGUCGGCGGAUGUUGUGUACGUGCGAGGGGAGGGUGCCGAUGUGGAGAAUGUCGGCAUGGAGGAGGCGCACGUGGUCGGCAAUGUGGUUGGCGAUGCAAAGGAGGAGGAUAACGCCGCCGCCCUGACGCCGACAGGCGUGGAGACCACCACAGGGAACGCAGGGGUGGAACCCCGGGGUGGAGCGGUAGAGGCGGGCCGUCAACCGGGAUCCUCAGCAGCUGGUCGGCAGGCAACGCCGACCGUCGUCGCGCAGCUGCGACAGGAGAACAUGUGGUUGAGGGCUGAAAAUGCUCGUCUCGAGAUGGCGCUAAGAGUGGAGAGGGGUCGGGAGGACAGGUUUGCGAUGGGGAUUGGCCGCCUCGUGGACAAGCUCAGGUCGUUGGCCGACCAGGUCGCUGCCUCCGACCAGGACGCGUCGAGUCGGCUGAUGGACGCGUCCUUGACCAUGGCGACGACCGUGACGGAGAACAUCACCGCCAACAUGGGUGAAACAUGGGAUGCGAUGAAGGCGUACGCCAAGAGGGCGGAGAGCUGGUUGGAGGAUCUAGAGAAUCCGGAGGGGUUUAUGGCGGUGCAACGUGCGAACGCGGUCGUUGCCAUGGGCAACCACGUGGACGAAGCGAGGAAGGGAUUGGAGGAAUACAUAUCGAAGCACCUAGUCGCCGCGCAAACCAACAUCGCCGCCGCGGUAACUCAACGCGUCGCCGUCCCGCCGCCCACGCCGCCCGCCCCACCGCCAGCCUUCCCGGACGAGCUGAUGAAGUCUUUCAAGGCAGACGUGUUGAAGGCGGUGACUGAGGCCACCCAACAGUCGUUUGUUGCGUCCGGGUUAAACCUCAUGACCCAGGUGAUCGGCCAUCUGGCGCCUGGUCGGCAUGGGUCGUCACCGUCGGACAACGAGGCCGACACGAAGGGUGCGAAAAGGGCGGGCGGCGGAGAUGAUGCAUUGAGCUCGAAGCGGAGCAAGGGAGCUGAUGGGAGCCGCGGCGUCGACCAGGUGGGUCCAGGCGGCUCGCGGAGCAAGGGAGCCGAUGGGAGCGGAGGUACGAGCAUGGUCGACCAGCUCAAGAAGAACGGGGCCAAGGUGAUAAGGAUGCACAGCAAGGGCGAUGGAAUCAGGAGUGCAGAGGGGGGCCCUGCCGACCAGGUUGUCGCUCAAGAGGCUGGACCAACAGCCCCGCCAUUGGUCGCCGAGAAGACGGCUAGUCUAGCGACCGCACCAUCGGCGAUAGAUGGCGGCGCCAAAACCGUCAAGGGACCGUUCGGCGGAGUGGCGGGGACCACGUCGAUCCCCAGCAAACCCCCUGCGGCUAGCAGCGCGCCGGUCGCCCCGUCAGCCGCCAACAACGAUGGGCCGUCCCUUGCGGCUACUCCAGCACCAGCAGGCACGUCUGCCGCCAAGGUUGACGCGGUGAAUGCUGCGGCUAACCGCGCUGGUCCGUCCGCCCCAAAGGCGAACGCGCUCAGGGAGAUGCCCAGCCGCAUGGAGACCCAUCGACAGGACGUGCAGCAGCCUCCCGUGGUCGGUACCGCGCCGGCCACAACAGCACGUCGCUCGGUCACUCCCCAGGUCGCCGCCACAACGUCCAGUGCCCCACCUACCGCGCCUAUCAUCGCCGCCCGUCCUCCUGUGGACCCAAAGUCCGCGUUGCUUCGCGCCCGGUUAGGCGCACGUACUGCGGCAGCGCCAGCACGGGCUCAGCCGGUAUCCAGCUCAUGCGCGACGCCGACGUCGGUGACCGUAGCUGCAC